CCCAAAAAAUAGAACCCCCGAAGUCGAGAAUCGAAGUCCAGUUUCCAAACGCGUUAUUAAAUAUAAUCUUCGCCUCCACCUACAUCAAUGGAAGAAGACAUCAUCCUUCUUCUUUUGUUACCAGCGACGGAGCUCAGCCAUGAAAGACGACUAUGAGACCGAAGAGAAGAAGCAAGCUGCUGCUGAUGUAAUGUUUCAAUAUUCAAAAUUUGUGAUGGCAUGUAUUGGUAAUCAAGUAAGACCUUGUGACUUGAGAUUUCACUUGAUGAAGGAGAUUUCUGGAAUACCAACUUCUUUGAAGAGGGAGUCAUCCCAACGAGCAGCUUCUCCCGAUGCCAUGGGCGAAUCGUCAAGCUCAGGUACAGCUAGACUUGAUAAAGUAGACAGCUUUAGAGCGCUGUAAUUUGCCUCCCAAUUGGAGAAUGAAGGGCUUCACUGCAUAUGGGACUUGCCUGCCUUGUCUAACCUUUUCUCUUCUUUAACUCAAAUUUCCUUCUCAUUAUUUGAAGUUAUCUCAUCUGUUUGCUGUUUACCAAGAGAUGGAAACUUUCACUAUUUACAUGUAUUUCUUUGCAAGUUUUGUAUGUCGUAUGUGAGUACAUAGGUAUAUCUAUAUUAUGCUGGUUAUGGGUAGUAGGAAAUUGGGUCCAAGGGCAGCACGACCGGUCCCAAAAGUCGUUUGGGGUACGAAAUGAGCUUCGUUUCCAAAACCAUCUGGUGCACGAUUUUUUUUUCCAUCAUUCUGAACAAUGGACUUCUCCAAGUUUUCCUUGGAGGCCGAAACAGAGUAAAAUUGGAGGCUGUUAAAUAUCACACAAGUAAAUUUGA